AUGCACGCUUCAGAUGAUGCCGCAGCCGGGCAUCACUGCCGCAAGGCGCUGGGCGACAGCGCAGCAGAUGAGCUACUGGGAAGGUUGAUGAGGAAUCACAUGGAGGAUGAAUACCGCAUGUAUCUGCACACGUCCAAGUGCGAAAGCAGCAAGGAGACGGAUGAUUUCAUUCAAGACUCGAUUGACCGAGACCAGGGGAAGUCGCCUGACGGUCGCAGUGCCGAAGCGGGUCAACCGGAGGCGGAAGCCGCGGAAGACCCAAGCCAGAUCGCGACGGAUGUUCCUGAACGCGACGUGACAGACAUAGCCGAGGAUGGCAAAGAAGCGGAAGAAGAUUCCGAGACCGCCAAGCAGGCAGAGGCCGCCAAGGAGGCCGAAGGUGUGAGAAAGGCGAAACUGGAGGCGAUCGUGUCGGGCCGUUUGGAAGUGCGAGAGCAGGCAAGCAGGGAGAGAUGGAAGAUCGAGGAAGAGGAGGACUCAGGAGACGAAGCGCUGGGUGUCCUUUCCAGCUUAGGACGAUCCAUGAGCACCUGGGCAAGUGUGGCCAUGAUUGGCUUCUCCUUCACCAUGAGUAGUGACCCCACCGUGGCAGGUCGACAAAUCGCCAACCUUUGCCGCAGAAAGGGCGGAAUUUAUGUCAAAGCAGCUCAGACAGCGUCUUCCAUGGAUUAUGCAUUCCCAAAAGAGGUUCUGGAGGAGUUCCAGUCUCUGCAGGACUCUGCAGAUGCCCAGUCGUGGGGCGAGAUCUCCGAACGCGUCGAAAAGCACACCCCUGGCGGAAUCGACAUGGUCUACGAGUCCUUUUCCGAGGAUCCUGUCAAUGCUGCAUCCAUCGCACAGGUCCACGUGGCACAGAGGAAAACUGGAGACAAAGUGGCUGUGAAGAUACUUCGCCGCAGCACUGCCCAAACGUUCGACCAUGACGUGGGCGACUAUCUCGGACUCCUCGGGAUGUACGAGUCGACAACAGGCCCAGCGGUCGAGAGCCUUCGAGGCCUUUCUCAGGAUUGUCACGAAGGCUCGAAGUCUUCUUGUCAGGCAUUCCUGUGA